AUGUCGCCCCUGCUGCUGAGGCCGCUGCUGCCACCGCCACCGCUACUACCACCGCUAUCACCCGAUGCAGCUGCAGCUGCUGAUGCUGCCACUGCCACCACCGCUGCUACUGCCGCUGCUACUGCUGUUGUUGCCGCUGCUGCUGCCACCACCACUGCUGCUGCCACCACCGCUGCUGCUGCCACCACCGCUGCUACUGCUGCCGGUGCUACCGCCACUGCUGAAGCUGCCGCUCCCGAUGCUACCGCUGCUGCCGCUGCUGCUGCCGCUGCUGCUGCUGCCGCUGCUGCUGAUGCCGCUGAUGCUGCCGCUGCUAAUGCUGCCGCUGCUACUGCCGCUGAUGGUGCCGAUACUGAUGCUGAUAAUGCCCCUGCUGUUGCUGCCGGUGCUACCGCCACUGCUGAAGCUGCCGCUCCCAAUGCUACCGCCGCUGCUGCUGCUGCCGCUGCUACUGCCGGUGCUACCGCCACUGCUGAAGUUGCCGCUCCAGAUGCUGCUGCUGCCGCUGCUGCUGCUCCCGCCACCGCCACUACCGGUACUACCGAUGCUGCUACCGCUGCCGCCGCCACUACUGCUAAUGAUAAUAAUGUUGCUGCUGCUGCUCCUGCUUCUGCCGUUGCUACCGAUGAUGAUGCUACUGCUGCCGCCGCCGCUAAUGAUAAUAAUGCUGUAUCUGCUGAUGCUGCUGAUGCUAGGAAUACCUGUGACUUCCAUGUGCAAUUCUGA